UCCUCUCGUCCAAUCACCGUUCGCCCACUGGUAACGGCCAAGUUUUGAACUCGGGGCAGUUUCUGCAGUUUCUUUUCUUCUUUAUUUUGUCUUCAUCAGUGUUCGGCUCUCUUCCGAUUCGUUGUAAUGGACGAAAAACUGAAGCAUCAACUCGCCAUAAACGGCCUGAAAUACAAACGAUCACUGCGUCGGAUUAUACAAAAGUACUCCAACCUGCCUUAUCAAGACAUGGCGAUAGAAGUGGACCUCGAUAACACCAGUACAGAAGCUCUGAUGCUCUACAUGACGCUGUCUAAAAAGCAGAUAAAGGCAAUGGAGUCAGAGAGCCUGUUGGAUUCAAGGGGGGACCUAUUACAGCUGCACAAUUCUUCCAGUACUUCACAGCUGGACCGAACGCAACAAGAUGGUGGACAUGAUGAUGCUGUUUCUUGCCAGAUGUCCUCAGAUGAUGAUGAUGAUGAUGAUGGAGUGUCAAACGUGCAUUCCCACCAGAGCUCGCUCAACGGCAGACAAAGCGACUUCCCAGAGACUGAUGUCCUCCCUGAGGACCAGGACGAGGAGCUGGAGUUGAGCCUGAGAAGUCAAGGCAGCACUUUGUCCGAGCUCUACCCCAGCAUGAUCGAUCGAAUUGGACGGGCGCAGCACCGCUGGCACAUUUCCAAGACGGCCAACGGUGUGCUCCGGAAGUACUGCAAGUGGCGACGACAGUCCGGCAGAGGCAGCCACGUCAACAGCGUCGUCACGAGCAACAGACAAACAUCGCGGAAGAAAAAGACAACGAAUCCAGGAUCUGCUUUUACCAGCCAACAAUACUCCCCUUCGAGGGAGCAAAGCGUUCUGGCCAUGGACCUGUCCGCUUCCCCGGAAUCUCCUAAAUUGAAAUGGAUUGAACUGAACGAGACCUUCACUGUGGGAGAACAACCAUCAACCCCCAGAAGGUUUUCUGUCUCCGCUACCGGACGGACGCCAUCUGUGUGCGUUCUCAGUCCUUCCCUAUUUCCUCAGUCCUCGUCUGAGGCAUCCUUGGACAUGUUGCUAAGAUCCAGAAGGCUGAUGGGAGAGCAGCCGUCCUCGUGCUUCCUCAGUCCUUCGCAGUCUUCUGGUGCCUCUUCGGGAGUGUCUUUGGACCCGCCCUUAGGCUCCAGGAAGCUUUUUUUCCCUGUUGCGAGAGAUCAGCGGUCUUCAGGCACGCCUAGUCCUCCACGGUCUUCCGAUCACUCCACGGGAAAGUCCUUUGACCUUUCCUUAGAUUCCGAGAGGCUCUCUUGCGCUGCUGCUAAAGAGCAGCCAUCCUUGUGGCUCUUCAGUCCUUCACGGUCGUCUGAUCCCACCUUGGACCAGUCCCUGAGGUCCAAAAGGCUUUGUAGUGCUGCUACCGGAGAGGUGCCGUCUUCGUUGGUCCUCAGUCCUUCAAAGUCUUCCAGUCCUUCCCCAGACCAGUCCCUGCUGAGAUCGAAAAGGAUUUUUACCGCUGCUGCCGUAGAGCAGCCAGUGUCGUGGGUUCUCAGUCCUUCACGGUCUUCUGGUCCCAACUCGGACCAAUCCCUGAGGUCCAAAAGGCUUUGUAGUGCUGCUACCGGAGAGGUGCCGUCUUCGUUGGUCCUCAGUCCUUCAAAGUCUUCCAGUCCCUCUUCAGGCCAGACCCUCAGAGCUAAAAGGCUUUUUAACGCCGCUACCAGAGAGCAGCCAUCCUCGUGGGUUCUCAGUCCUUCGCGGCCUCCUGGUCGUCCCACCUCAGACCUGUCCCUGAGGUCUAAAAGGUUCGCCCUUGCUUCUGCCCAAGAACAGCAUCAAACAUCAUCGUGGGUCCUCAGUCCAUCGCGGUCUGUCGGUCUUUCCUCGGACCUUUCACUGCGAUCUAAAAGGCUCGCAACGUCCGCUGCCGAUGAGCAGCAGCAGCUGUCCUCGGAGGUCCCAAGUUCAUUACAGUCGUCCGGUCCCUCUUCUGACUUGUCUCAUAGUUCCAAAAGUCUUUUCUUCUCUGCAGGCGUUGCUUCCGAAAGCACCGAAUUUAAAGAGCGACCUGACAUUUAUGGUUCUCCUGUCAGGCAGAGUCCCUUAAAAGCGGGGAUGGUGAACUGGGAAGGCCUUCGAAGAUCUGAUCGGUCCUUCUCCAGAAGCCCCAACUCUGCUCAUGUCCUCGGUUACUCCAGGCCCUCCGCUUCCCCACUACGAAAGCUACUUAGGGACCCAAAGUCCCGCUCGGGCUCCCCUCCACGGGCCCGCAAUAACCUUUGCCGGCAUUUCUCCUUUGACUUCUCCUCGACAACGGAAUGCACCACAUACUCCAAAAAAGACCUGGAGGACAAUUACGAAAAGCACUACCACAAGUUCAUGUGUCAGAGCAAACCCUCCAACGGGCUCCCCGGCCGAAUGUGCGUUGGCUGCGACAAGGCCUGCCGUGAUCAUUCGUCCCAAACACUGGUGGCGCUGGCUUUGUCACCGCACCGCUUCGAGCUGAGGAAGCGUCACCGGGAGUUGGACCGGGAGAACUUGUCCCACUCCAAGCGCUGGAGCCCCUACUCUCCGGGGUCUAAUCGGCACACAAACAAGAUGCUGAGACGCCGCCUCUGUCUGCCUGACGCCGAGGUUUCCCGGCGCGAUGACUUCAAGCAAAGUGAGUUUCGAGGUUACAGCGGUCGGCCACUGCUGCAGGACUCCAUUCGAGGCCGUGGUUUGCCGGAGGAAUGCUUUCUUGGAAGUCCAGGAGAGGAAAAUGAAGUCACAAGUUACUAAGGUAACUGAACUGUGUGUUUAAAGGGGAGGGUGGCGAUACUGGCUUGAGUGUAAAUGUCUUAAAUGUCCAGUUCGGCCUUCGACAAAGCAGUUUUUGCGUUUUUGGGGUACCCCUGCAGCAAACUUUUGCUCCUCCUCCCUGACAUGAACAGAAAACGAAGACUGUCUCCUGCGAGGACUCUUAUCAGAAUAGAAGCUGUGGUUACCCGCCGUCUGUUUAAAGGUGUUUUAAUUCGAGUUGCAUUUAACAUAAAAAUAUUCUGUAUGUCUAUUGCCUGUAUUUUCACAUGUUUGUCAAGUUAGUUCCAAUAAAAAUGACUAAAAAAGGCUACUUUUGGAGCUUCCUGGUGAAUUCAGUCAAUGUUUAUUUUGAAGCGUCAGAAAACUGCAUGUUAACACCGCGUAUUCAGGACCACCACGACACUGUACACAGUCGCUCGCUUUUAGUACAAAACUCAAGUGUUCUUAU